GUUUCUGUUGCUGAGAGGCGCAAGCUCUGGAAACAGGGAAGGGAAUUAGAUGGGGAUCAGAUUCAUACUGCUUGUGAACAAGCAGGGCCAAACCCGCCUUGCCCAGUACUACGAGUACCUCACCCUCGAUCAGAGAAGAGCUCUCGAGGGUGAAAUCGUCCGCAAAUGCCUUGCCCGUAACGAGCAACAGUGUUCAUUUGUCGAGCAUCGGAACUACAAAAUUGUCUACAGGCGCUAUGCAUCACUGUUUUUCUUGGUUGGGGUUGACAACGAUGAGAAUGAGUUAGCUAUAUUGGAAUUCAUUCAUCUGAUUGUGGAAACUAUGGAUCGCCAUUUUGGCAAUGUGUGCGAACUGGACAUAAUGUUGCAUCUGGAGAAGGCACAUUUCAUGUUGGAAGAAAUGGUCAUGAAUGGGUGUAUUGUCGAGACAAGCAAGUCGAACAUUCUGGCUCCAAUUCAAUUGAUGGACAGAACUUCCUAGCUAUUUCAAUCAAGUCACAACUGACUCUUAUGUAUCAAAUUUGGGCUACUACAUGGCAUUUUCUUUUACCCCUUCUCAUUGUUGUUGAUGGUGAACAGUGAUAUAUUUGUUUGCACGACAUAUGCUGUAUCAUAAGCAAGGCAAAACCUUCUUACUUA